AGCAAUAGAAAACCGAUCGAUCUCGAUUUCCAGAAUCAACUUGCUACAAAGAUGAACACCCUCGUCACCGUUACUUGUCUGCUAGCCGCUCUGACCGUUGUACGUGGCAUAGAUCAAGACACCGUAGUCGCAAAGUACAUGGAGUAUUUGAUGCCCGAUAUAAUGCCAUGCGCCGACGAACUUCACAUUUCGGAAGAUAUCGCGACGAAUAUACAAGCGGCGAAAAAUGGAGCCGAUAUGAGUCAACUCGGUUGCUUGAAAGCCUGCGUGAUGAAACGAAUAGAAAUGUUGAAAGGCACGGAACUUUAUGUAGAACCAGUGUACAAGAUGAUUGAAGUCGUUCAUGCCGGCAACGCGGAUGAUAUACAAUUAGUAAAAGGGAUCGCGAAUGAGUGCAUCGAGAAUGCCAAAGGGGAGACGGACGAGUGCAAUAUCGGUAACAAAUAUACCGACUGCUACAUCGAGAAACUGUUCUCGUAAAAAGUCACGUAUCGAAGAUUCCGAGUUUAACGCACACGUAUUGUGUCACACACACGCACACGUUUAAUAAAACGAUGUAAAUGA